CUCGCGCGGCGCUCGCUGUUGAUGCGUGUUGCCUCUGGGUCGCCGGUGCGCGCGGUUUAGGAGUUUGCGGUCGGCUGUGGCCUCGACUCUGUGUGCGUGCGUGCGUGCGUAUGUAGCUGGUUUAUGAAGGUUUUGUGCUCCUUCCUUGUUUGAUUCGUCGAAUUACUGUGUCGCGCCAUCUGUUCCUCGCUGCAAGGGCGAGGUGAGCUUUUCGUUUUCAGGUUUUCAUCGUGAUUUGUGACCGACGAACUCAUACCACUCUUCUGGGUUCGAUUGCAUGAUGCGAUUUUAUUCAUAUUUAUUGCUCCUUCUGUGCAAAGUCUGUUCAGGGUGGGCAAUAGGUCUCACCAUUCAGAAUUUUCAAGAUUCACAAUCACAUCGAAUCUUUGGUCACAUGCAUGAAGCAUUAAAUAUAGACAAAAAUAAAAACUAAUUGCACAGCUUAUCUGUAAUUUGUGAGAUGAAUCUUUCAAGUCUAGUUACUCGUGAUUGGAUAAUGUUUGUCAAAUAAAAACGAAAGUGCUAUGGUAGAAAAAAAAAACCAAAAUUCGUUGGUCUGCUCCUUUUCUAGUCGUCAGAUACAGAUUGCUUGCUCCAGUACCGGACGGACGCAUUAAUCCAUUUGGUUUCGUGACGGAUAUUACGUCAGAUUCGUCUCUCUUUUUUUGGUCGCAUGUGUUAACUGAUGAAAUUUGAGGACCUCUUUUUUUUUCCAAUGGUGAUUUGAAUUCACUGGAAAUUUUUACUCUGUCAUUUUGUGGAGUGGUUCCUCGUUCGCUCGAUUGUUGAUUUGCUGUACGUUAUGUUAGAUUCCUGCGGCUGCCGUACAACAGUGAUAACACCAAAUACCCGUUAUUAUUGGAUAAUAACGUGAGCAUUUUGUAUCUCUAUUCCGUUUUCAUAGGGCAAAAUGGCCAUAUACAUUCAGUACUGUUUUCUCAUUAUUUUUUAUUAUAAAUCUGUAGGGAUCUUAUGAGUAUACCUUUUCACCACAAAGUUUUGCUACGCAUCUAAUAUACAUUAUAUCUAAAUGAAUAUUAAAAGGAAAAAUCAGAAUGACUUACAAUUUGGAAUGGAUUGAGUAUACGUGGGAUGAAUUGCUAAGAAGUUAGUUUUCUUUAAUGAGUUUGGUGUAGUAUUAGGGAUGGCAUUUUUGGCAACUUGUCAACGCAGCAUCAUAUCUUUCAACUAAUAAACAAAAGUGAUAGAUAAUCUCACCCAAGCUAGUAGCAUGUAUGUGGCUGUUUGGUUCUAAGCCUCGCAGGCAGCUCAUCUCUCAGGCACAUCGAUCUCACCCUAGGCGCUCAAAAACGAACGCCUGGGAUCGAUGCCUGGCGGGUGAGGCUAGUCUGCCUGGAGAGUGGAGAGCAAUUCAAACAGGCAGGACAUUGUUGGUAACUUGAUACUGGAUUUUCUUCCUUCUCAUACCUGUAGAGGGCCCUCCUUUAUUUGAUUAGAGCUCAUAUGGUCUGAAUGCCACAAUUGGAACUUUGCACCUAAAAACAGAGACCAAGUUCACUACUUCAUUAUAUCCUUUCAUACACAGAAAGUGAAUAGACAUGGACCGUGAUGAUAUAGCUGGUUUCGUCAGCGGAGGUUGUUAUGAGUCCUGACUUUCUAACCAAGUAUAUAUAACAGAGUUAUGAUAUCCAGAAGGCAGGAAAAUGUUUCUUUUCAUUUUCUAGUUGGUUUGCAUUUGAUGUUAUGCAAUUGGAAUGGACACAACUACUGGAGACCUCGAGUUUAGUGGUGAUAUCAACUUCUUGAAGCCAUAUUGCUCUUGGAGCACAACUCAAGACACGACUGUGCACAAAGAUAGUACACCAGAGGCUUAUUCCAGCCUUUUUAUUUCCAACCCAGAAGCGUCAAAAGGGAAGCAAGGUGCUAUGUCUAGAGCAAAAGGUACUGGAAACCCUUUACUCACUUUGGGUUUAGGCCGCUCACCAAGUUCAUCUGAUAACAGCAAGCUAAGUUCUGGCACUGCUUGCAUAACAUCUUCAUCUUUAUUAAAGGAAAUUGAUGAGGAGUCUUCAGUAGAUCUUGGCCUUAACCUUGGGUUUCAUAUUGGCAAUGAUAUUGCACACUGCCGACAGAAAUCCCAUGCUAGUUUUGAAAAUAUGCUCUCGACAAACUCUCCUAAACUGGAUCUUCAGUUGAGUUUAUCUAUUGGUUCACCUGAAUCAGUUGUCAUCGAUGCAAAUAUGAUGUCACCAGAUGGCAUGGUGAUGCCGACGACCAAUUUGCCACCCGCCACUGUAGAAGAAGGAUCAGUACCACCUAGUUGGGGUUUUGAGCAUUCGAUUGUUUCAUCAUCAUAUGCUUCUGAAGCAACAUAUGCCCCUGUGCCUUCUCCUGUCAUGUCAUCAACUAUGUUUACAAGUGUGAAAAGUCCAGUUGCCUCUACUUUUGAGACAACUAAUUCCCAACUACGCAACAAUAACACAAAAAGCUGUCAGUUUCCAGGAUGUAUGAAAGGAGCAAGAGGGGCAUCAGGGCGUUGCAUAGCCCAUGGCGGUGGUAAGCGUUGCCACAAAUCUGGUUGUCAGAAGGGCGCUGAAGGGAGGACAAUCUAUUGCAAGGCCCAUGGUGGAGGCAGGAGAUGUCAAUUUCUUGGGUGUACAAAGAGUGCUGAAGGGCGCACAGACCACUGCAUAGCUCAUGGUGGAGGCCGUCGGUGCAGUCAUGAAGGUUGCCCCCGAGCUGCUCGUGGAAAAUCUGGCUCGUGUAUCAAGCAUGGUGGUGGCAAAAGGUGUCAGAAGGAGAACUGUACCAAAAGUGCAGAAGGUCAUUCUGGACUCUGCAUUGCCCAUGGUGGUGGAAGGCGGUGCCAGUUUCCAGACUGCACAAAGGGUGCUCAAGGAAGCACAAAGUUCUGCAAGGCACAUGGUGGAGGAAAACGCUGCACAUUCUUCGGAUGCACCAGAGGGGCUGAAGGUAGCACUUCAUUUUGUAAGGGCCAUGGUGGAGGCAAGCGCUGCGCCUUUCAGGGUGGUGGUGUGUGCCCAAAGAGUGUGCAUGGUGGCACUCAGUUUUGUGUUGCCCAUGGUGGUGGGAAAAGAUGUGCUAGCCAUGGCUGCACUAAGAGCGCUAGAGGUCGUACAGAGUAUUGUGUGCGCCAUGGAGGUGGCAAGAGGUGCAAGUUUGAAGGCUGCACCAAGAGUGCACAGGGGAGCACUGAUUUCUGUAAGGCCCAUGGGGGAGGUAAACGAUGUUCAUGGGGCCAGGCAGACACAAGCUUUGGUGCUGGUGCACAGCAAUGCGAUAGAUUUGUUCGGAGCAAGACUGAUCUAUGCUCAGCUCACAGCGCUUUAGUCCAGGACCACUGUGUUCAUGGCGGUGGUACAUUAGGUUCUGCUAUCUACCAGUUUGCGGUGGAUGUCAAACCUACUGAGAUGAAGGUUGCUUUAGUGAAGGGAGAUCCACGCGAGAAGAUCAACGGUGAUAAAAUUUUACUGGAUCCGGGUAGCUCUGUUCCAAAUAGUGGUGUUCAUCAUCCUGUCCUGGUUCAGUCUAUGGUCGAUCCACUGCCAGAGGGCAGAGUUCAUGGUGGUGGGCUGUUGGCUUUACUUUCGCGGGCCGGAAGCAGAACAAGCAACGGUGGCUCAGAAUUGUACUCCGGGCAAGGUGGUGUGGAUGUGAGGCUAUCAGGUUCUCCAAGAAAUUGAUUGCCUACAGUUUUGAUCAGUUCCCAAGUUUGUGCUGUGAUGGACUGAGUCAGCCUUUCAGAUUCCUCCAAGGUUGCAUAGGAUCUAUCCGGACGUGUACUGUGAAAAUAAGAGGGUAGCUCUUAGAGCAGAUGUAUUGUGUGUUAUUGUAAUUACUUAAUGUGGUUGUGGCUAGAGAGAGUAACCUUUUGUUUCAGUGCAUUUAAUCAGUCACCUUAAUGCUCAAGUUUGGACUUGAUUUAACUCUGAGCAAUUUGCUUGCUUUGGGCUGAAAUAUAAUGUUCAUUUAGUUGCUUA